UCUGUGUAAACAACGAGUCUCGUGGAAGUAUUUAAUGCUUUCAUUUGGCAUCAGUCAUCGCUAAAUGGGACUGAAUCAUCGCAAAAGACUUUUUAUGUGCCACCACUUUCCAAAUAACUGCAAUGUAUGACGUUCUCGUCACCGGUUCAGCGGGUCAUCUGGGCACGGCUUUAAUGCUUUGCCUGCCUUCGAUGGGCUACAACCCCGUGGGCAUCGACAUCCUGUCAUCUCCAACCACGACAGUCGUGGGCUCUGUCUCUGAUCGCAUUUUUAUUGCAUCUAUUUUCCGCAACAACCCCAUCAAACAUGUUCUUCAUACGGCAACAUUGCAUAAGCCGCACAUAUGCAGCCAUAAGGAGGAGGAGUUCGUCUCAACCAACGUUAUGGGCACUCUGAUCCUUCUUGAAGAAUGUUCUAAGUGCAAGGAUAGGAUCGAGAGCUUUACCUUCUUCAGUACAACCAGCACCUUUGGUAUGGCCUUAAGCCCGAAGCCCGGCUUCCCUGCCGCUUGGAUCGAUGAGGCUGUUGUACCCGAGCCAAAGAAUAUCUACGGCGUGACAAAGGUUGCAGCCGAGGAUCUGUGCUAUCUGGUACAUAAGAAAACCGGAAUGCCCGUUCUAGUGCUUCGAACAAGUCGCUUCUUCCCAGACGAAGACGAUGAUGAAGACCGACGUACGGCCAUGAGCGAUGACAACUUGAAGGUUUUGGAACUUGCCUACCGCAGAUGUGACAUUGAAGAUAUUGUCAACGCCGCAGUUUGCUCAAUGAGAAAGGCCAAGGAUAUCCGGUGGGGGAGGUAUAUCAUAAGCGCUCCGCCGCCUUUCAACAAUGAUAGAAGCACGCUCGAUGCUCUAAAUCGGGAAUCCGCUGAGGUGAUGACAAAAGCUUUCCCUGAAGUCGACGCUAUUUUCAGGAAGAAAGGGUGGAAGCAUCUUGCGAGGAUUGAUCGAGUCUAUGAUUCCAGCAGGGCUGUGAAGGAUUUAGGGUGGAUUCCAAAAUAUACAUUUGGAAGAGCGUUGGAAAGGGUGGCGCGUGGCGAGCAGUGGAGGAGUGAGCUAGCUCUUAGGGUUGGCAAGAAAGGCUAUCAUGCUGUGACCACUGGAGUGUAUACCAAGAGAUGAGGGCAGUCAUCCUCCAGAAUAGGCAGAAGCAAGUUCCCUAAGGUUUGGCCUCCAACCUCAGCUCGAAUUGUACCAUGUCGCGUUCUUCAAAGAGCUUCUGCCGGGAAUUAAAUGCGCAGAAACCACUGUUGAUGGUCGCUACGGAGUUCUUACAUCGCAAUCUGUCCUACACAGAGAGGAAAAU